CCGCGCUGGUGCCUGCUUUUAUUUCGAUUGGAUAUCAAAUGGCGAGCUGUGCGUGCGUUGAUGUGAGCGGAUCGGCCCUCCGUCAUCAUUGGCCUUGCCUCGAUGCGUCGGAGCCGCCAAGGCACAGGACAGACACCACGGGCGUCAAAACCAUCGAGGAAGUCUCUGCAGCAGAGCCACAAGCAUACGUCGUCUUCAAUCGUGCCCUGCCGGGCGAAUCGACGCUAAUGCGAGUGCCCUUUGCUCUGCAACCCGGCCCGAUAGAUCUGUGGACACAAGGAAAUCUGGUGUUUUAUCUCAAGUCACUCGAGUCUUGUAUUGCCGAUGGCCUGGCCGACGCUGCCGAGCUGCAGACCCUCAAGCGAUCGCUAUUGGACUCGUUCAUUCUGAACCGAAGCUCUCAAGAGAUCGAACACGACCUCCACGAAGCUCGCGAAAUGGGCCUGAUCACGGAGGGCGAAUGCCAGGAAUUUAUCGAAAGGCGACAGCAGAUCGAUGCUCUCUGUCAAAGCGGCAUAGAUCUUCAGCCCGUCGACACCGUCGUUGGAUCGACGUGUGCGAUCGACAGCACAGCGUUGUUUGCAAACCUCACGCUGGACAGCUCAAGUUUAUCCGAGAACGCACCCAGCGGCAUCAAAAACGAUCUUUCCAGUCUCUUUGGCGACCAGGCCUUCUUCGACAGCGCUUUGGGAGAGAACUUUGAAUACUUUGACGAUGCCGCCCUCGAAGAGUUCGAUCGGAUGAUGAGCAGUGAUGUCUUGGCCAGCCCCGUGUCGCUGAUAUCCGACUGCUCCAGCCCCACGGCACAGCCAUUUUCGUCGCAAGAUCUAUUGAGCGAUCUGUUCAACGCAGCUAUUGCUCUGCCUUCGCCGAUAGGGUCGCCCUCGAUGUGGACGGAUGCAACUACGUCGGCCGAGGCGCCUGUCUCCCAAACGCCUGGUUUGCAGACGGACUCGGCGAAUUCUGCAGUCUCAAAGGCGAUCCUAUCGAUCGAAAGUAGCCCUGCAGAUCCUGGCAUGAGAUUCCCUUCCGCCAGUGCCUCUGGGACGGACGGCGCUACCGGUGUCGGAGCAGGCAGCGGUGCGGGAAUGCCUCCACAAACUCUUGUCAAGAAUCCAAACUUUCUCAAAGUACCCAACAAAAACGUCAAGCUGGGUGCGAUUCCCACCAAGUACUUGCUGCAGCAACAGAUUCUGCUGAUGGAAGAGUACUCGCUCAAAGAGAUUGAAACCCAGAACCACACCGACUCUGGCCGACCCAGCCGCAACCGCGGGUUUGGGGCGAGCGCUCGACCUUACAACCACGAUCAAAAAUACGAAAUAUCGGAGGACCGAAAACGGUGGCGCUGCCUUUGGUGCCUGCUCUCUGGGGCUUACACACCCGCUCGCCGAAAGGGCCCGCUCGGCUCCAAGACGCUCUGUAACGCAUGUGGAAUGUGGUUUGCUCGACGAGGGUAUUUGCCCCCGGAGCGCUUCCACGAGAACUCUGCGGCUUCCAAGAAGCAGGACAAGCGGCCUUUGGUCACCUUGGAGAAAGAUCUGGCACAGAUACUCUCGACCAUUUCGCCUGUCUCGGUGGCGACUAAGGCCGGUACGUCGACUACCGCCAGUACAGCCGCUGUCAUCAAGCCUGCCGCCGUCAAACCUGCUGCCGCGACAAUACCCAAACGACCCCUUCCCCAGCUCACCGAUAGUGCGAUGAAACGGCACAAACUCGAUCAUACUCCGACCGCCCCGGCUGCCCCGGCUGCCCGGCUCUCCAAGUCGCUCGCAAAGGCCGGCACGAGCAUGCCGAAGCAUGCAAGCAGCGCCUCGGCGAAAUCCGAUCUGCUUAAUCUUGGCGUUGUUCCGGCUCUGUUUCCAUCAAGCUCGUCGCUGAAUGUCACUGCGCUGCUUUCGCAGCUCUGCGGCUCUUCUCCAGCCGCAAGCUUGGCUGCCUUGAUCCUCCUCUCCCGCACGACCUUCCCUCCCCCGCCGCCGGGCAUGGGCCUCUAUGCCCUCGGAUCGAACGGCAAAUAUGUCGACGCCUUUGCCAUUGCGGAACAGGCAGCGGCACUGUUGGGGCUGAAGCCGCUGGCGACAUCCCAGACUGCAUCCGAAGCGACAACGCAAAUUCCAUCCCUGCCGGAGCUCCAGGCAGCGCUGCAGACAACUCUUGAGGCCGCUGUCGAAGCGGCUUCUAAAACGAUAGCCACCGCAACCUCUCCGACAGUUGCCACUGCUGCAGCGAAGGAGCGGCCGAAACCGGCGCUGACACCCACACCGACAUUGACAUCAGCAUCUGGCGACAAACCGGCCAGCGAGCCUCCGUCUGAAUGAUGUCCAUCCCUCUCGCAUGCAUUUGAACUUUCUCCUCCAAACACAUCAAGGGGAUUUUUUGGCAUAGAGCAGGCCCCAGGAUGCAUCCAUUCGUCUAUUCAUUUCUCGCGCAGCUUGUGCUUUGGGCGAGCGAUGCUGGAUUGGCGCUCAGGUCCACAAUGUCGCCGGGAACCCUCUCCACACGUACCCUCAUCACCUCCACUUCCACCCUCCCUCCCCUGCAGUCGCACUGCUUGGUCCCAGUUUGGCGGCGACCAGAUCCGAGGGUUGGCCACCGCCGCCUCCGAUGCGGCGAGUCCAAUAUAAACACUUCUCGUCCACCCUGAUCGGCUGCGUGCGUGUGCGGACAUCGGAAGCCCCCGGGUUGGCGGGAGAAGAUCGAGACGAGGGUCAUGGACA